AGUUGCAACACCACACCAAGGCCAAUAAAGAUUUCUUCCCCAACUCCACUCCAUCCUCCUCUUGAGAAAAGAAGAAAGGCAGGGACAUAGAGGGAGAGAAAGCAAAGAAGGAUGGCCUUUCCAAGAAAUUCUAGAUGUCACUUCUUCUGUGCUUUUCAGAUCCUUUUGUUACUCCAAACCAAAGUCCUCUGCUAUGAAUACAAGGUUGGAGAUUUAGAUGCCUGGGGCAUCCCUACAUCAGCAAACCCCCAAGUCUACUCCAAGUGGUCCAAAUAUCACUCCUUCAGGCUAGGAGACUCCCUCUUAUUCUUGUACCCUCCAAGUCAGGAUUCAUUAAUCCUAGUCACAGAGCAAUCCUACAAUUCCUGCAACAUCAAAGAUCCAAUCUUGUACAUGAACAAUGGCAACUCUCUCUUCAACAUAACUGCUUGUGGGGAUUUCUAUUUCACCAGUGGGGAGCCUGGUCAUUGUGAGAAGACACAGAAGCUGCGCAUAUCUGCUUGCGGAAAUGGUUCUGCUGCAUAUGCUCCGUCCUAUGGCCCCAGUUCAUUGCCCGAUAGCGCUCCCUCUUACCCUACUGUUUUUGGCACAAUCCCAGCACCACCUUCCUCAUCUUCAACCUCACAGAAAUUCCCAAUCUUUACAGCUUUUCUUGUGGGGUCAGCAAUCUGGGCAACAAUGGGUGGCAUCAUGUGAAGGACUUUGGUUGCCUCAAGAUUUCAAAAUUCAUUCAAAAAUAAUUUUGGUAUUUAUUUAUUAAAUUAUUUAUUUUUGGUCAGAUCAUUGGCAUCAUGCCAUUAUGGCAUAUUGGUCCAUGUGAUCAAGAAUGAAUAAAGUUUGUUUUCUUUG